CAGGCGUUCGACAGCCGACGCGAUGCUUACCACUCUUGGUCAGCGACCACCACCACCACAAUGUUACGAUGCUUGCUCUUGCUCUACCUCUCUAUUCUCGCCGUUGCCAAUACUGAGAUAGCCAAUUUCUAUGCGAGUUCAGCCGUGCAGGCGCCGAUAGUUGUUGGCACGGAGUGGGCGGCCCUCAGUGCCAGCGACAGCCAAAGGCAAUACGAGAUUGUACCAGCGCCAUUGGGAACGCCUCUAACGGCCGUGUGCCCAAACUCGCCUUGCCCACACGAACUCUGGCUCAAGCUGGACCUAUCGAAUGACGACUGGCAGCGAUUCACGAAAUUCACGUUACGAAUAUCCUGGGCAGCAUACGAUCCAACCGAUUUUCUCAUUGAUAUCCUUGACGGGGACUCCAUCACCAGCGCCAAGUCUUCCGACCCACCGGCGCGUCUUAAAUACGCUCGAAUACGCCUCGUCGAUACUGGCGUACUUACACCGGGCAUGUCUGUCGACAGGCCUACUGCUGUACCAUUCACAGUGGUCCUCGAACCGCUGUACUUCGGAGUCCUUCCGGCGUCUGUCAUACCUACCCUAUACUUCUUGAUCGCAGUCGUGCUGCUGGCGGCUGUGGCUCUACCCUGGAUCAAUGCUUAUCUAGAAGAUGUCGCUCUGAAAGCUAGGAGGGAGAUACGUCUCGCUGCCAUGGGCAUAAAACAGCGAUGAAGGUCAUAUGUUAUAUUUCUUAACAUCUACUUAGCUCUGUUUUCCUGUAUUAUAGUCAACUCUGCCGCAAGAUACCACGUUCGGAAUUGUAAACAAG